ACGAGUUCGAAGGUCCCUCGCCUUAUUCCAUCGUAAAUUUUCUGUAAACUGUACGCGUAAGAAAGAGAGAAAAACAUUUAUUUUAAUGUACCGGGUUUGAGUUUGCGAUUUUUUUUCUUUGUUUUUAGUGGUGGUGAUGCACCGAGAAGCAGAAGAAGAAGAAGAGUAAAUGGACUCAGUAUCGUGAGUUUGUAUAAACGGUUUCAGGUUUAGGUAAGUCCCUUUUGUAUGUAACUGGUUCCAUUCAGUAACAAAAACGAAGCAUGAGUGUGCGAUAGAAAAGAGAACGUUGCUCCAAAACAUGACGUAUUUUAACAUUAUUUAACCGUUUCGGGAGGGUGUUUUUGACCAUGGUUUUCCUCGUCCAGAGGUUUUUUAAUAAGGAAGAUGGAGGACAUUUCACUCAAUAUCUUACAGUAUUUACUGCUACGAUUACCCUGUUUACUGCGGGGAUUUAUCAGGGUUGGGGAGGUCCCUCCCUAAUGAAAAUCUUAUCGGAUGAUUUUCCCAUAGAGGUGACCGAAGAGGAGGCUUCUUAUAUGAUGAUUAUUGGGCCGCUAGGGCAUGUUGCCGGAGGUUUUUUAGCCUCGCAUUUGGCCGAUUUUAUUGGGAGGAAAUAUACGGUGUUGGCCAUUGGUUUACCCCAGCUCCUAUCGUUCAUCGUGAUCUACGUCUCCUACUACAACAUCGGCCUCCUCUACGUGGCCCGGAUCUUGGGAGGCCUGGGCGAGGGAGCCUCCCUGGCCCUCCUCCCCUGCUACAUCGCCGAAGUGGCCGAACCCUCCGUCAGAGGCUCCCUGGGCUCCUUUCCCAAUCUCCUAUUGCUCUUCGGACAAUUGUUCAUCAACCUGGUGGGCUCCUACUUGUCAAUCCACGUCACCGCCCUCAUAUGUUUGGCCUUCCCUAUUAUAUUCUGGAUCACUUUUGUGCAUAUGCCCGAGAGUCCUUACUAUUGUUUCAUGAAGGAGGAUGAGGAGGGUGCCAGAAAGUCUUUGCAGACUUUAAGACGUAAGUUGGACGUGGACAAGGAGCUGAAGCAACUCGCCUUGGACGUCAACAGGCAAAUGUCCGAAAAAGGGAGCUACGGGGAUCUCUUUAGGAUAUACGCGAACAAAAAAGCGUUUUUUCUGGUUAGCGUGACGAGGAUUAUCCAGGUUUUCACUGGGAGUAUCGCCCUGAUGUCUUAUCAGCAAGUGAUGUUGUCCCAAGCGACCGAUUUGUCCCCUAUACUCGCCUCAGUGGUCCUGAUAACGUCUGGAAUCGUUAUGGUUAUCGUUGCCUCCUUUUAUAUUGAUAAAGCCGGUAGGAAAUUGUCCUUGUUCUACUCCUCGACUUUCACUUGCUUGGCCCUGUUAUCCCAAGGGAUUUUCUUGACCGUUAGGGACUACACCCAUCUGGAUAUCUCCAAAGUGUCUUGGUUGCCCUUGCCGAUAAUGCUGCUCUAUAAUAUUGCGUUCAGGGGUGGCCUAGGGGUGGUUACCAACAUAUUUACCAGUGAAAUUUACUCGGCAAGCAUUAAAGCUAAAGCGAUGAGCUUGGGUGGACUGAUUAAUGCUAUAAGCAUGAUUAUAAGCACGAAACUGUAUCAGAUUGCCGCUGAUUAUGUGGGGUUAGCGGUGCCUUUUUAUAUAUUCGCUUUUACCACUUUCUUAGGGACGUUGUUCUUUUACUUCGUCUUGCCGGAAACCAAAGGGAAAAGUCUGGAAAGGAUCCAGCAGGAGUUGAAGUGUAAACAAGCGGUUACGGCGGCGGAGAGUAGGAUUAAUUUUUUGGAGGAAACUUAAGACUUUCUUUUUUUUUUUAAUUGACUAAUAGUAAUAAAGACUAUUAUAUAUUUGGUUUAUUUAUUAACCUACUAUAUCUGUGAUUUAUUCUUAUAUACUAUUGAAACAAUAGGGUUUAUUAAUGUGUAUAGUUUAUGGGUAUUUUUUACGUUUUAAGGUAAUAAAACACGUUCGUUUUUCC